AUGGAAUUCAUCAAAUUUUUACUUCUUGCCGUAUGUGCGAUAAUCUGUACGCAAUGUAAUUUUCCGACUGUUAAUGCGUUGAUUGGUUCGGAAGUUCGCAAAGUACAACCAGAAGAGUUUCCUUUUCUUGCUGCUUUCAGACAUGUUAAUUUAACAGAUCCUCAUCCUACACGAAAUCACAUUUGCACUGGAUCGCUAAUUACUAGAAGUCAUGUUCUCAGUGCAGCUCAGUGUAUUGAAAACAGAUUAAUAAGUCAAACUGUCAUCGCCCAUGGAUCGAAUUCAUUAGUCUAUUGUAUAGAAUAUCGGAUACAGUGGUGGAUUACUUAUAAUCAGUGGUCUCUAUAUAUGAAUAGACCUCUGGAAUUUGUUGAUAAUGAUGUUAGCGUUACAAAGUUGUGGACCCCAGUACGAGGAGAAUUUCAUUUAGCUCAAUUAUCAACAAUCCCGACUACUCAUGCAAUCGAUGAUCAUAUUGUGUUGGUAGGAUGGGGUGUAAACAAUAGACGUAAAAUAUCAAGAAAGAUGUUAUCAUCCGUUGCGAAAGUCAAAUCGAUGAAUGAAUGCCAAGAAUUAAUUCGACAAGCAAGUGGACGAGUAACAGUGAUUCGGGAAAAUCUCUUUUGUACUCAUAAUUCACCUUAUACAUUAAUUAAACGUGGAGAUUUUGGUGGGCCAGUUUUAUACUUCAAUAAUAUUAUUGGAAUCAACAAAGAAAUACGACCAGAAGUAUUGAAUGAUUAUAACCGACUGAAAGUAAACAUUCACACAAAUAUUGAUUACUACAGAGAUUUUAUUACGCAUGCCUUAGAAAACAAUUUUCUUUUGGUCUAA